ACCCAUCUAAUCUUCUCAUACGAAUGAUAUCACCACCCGCGAAUAUCUCCUCCUCCUCCUCCUGCAGCCGUCCGAUCGAAAACGACCCCUCUGACACUGCUCGAGUGACUUCCAGCCCAAACGAGGACAACACUUUCACCUUCUUAAAAUAUACUAUCUAUCCCUCUAUUUUCACACACAAACACAUUACUUUUUUGUGAAACUUUCUCUGGAUUUUGGGGAAGAAGAAGAUGAACAAGUAGAAAGUCAAAUCUUUUUUUGGGGUUUCUUGGGAAAAGGAUCUUUCUUGCGGUGAAGUUUGAUUUUCUUUGUCUGUGUUCCCACCGUCCACCGACACACUGUUCGUUUUGAAGAACCCCUUUGAAGUUUGAGUGUUUGCAUCAGAAGAGAUAUCCCUCUUGUAAUUAAAAGCUUUGAAGGACAGAUAUUCUGGCAAAGAAUGUAGCUCAAUUCUGAUCGAUUUGCAUGUUAAGUUUUGUUGCAAAAUAACCAAAAGACGUAAAUGGCUGAUCCUAUAUCAAAUCAUGCCACAUUGCGGAACAAGUUUGAAUUGGAGAAAUGGCACCGUUCCUAUGCAGACUUCCGCUCCAAAGUUGUAAAGAGUUUACCGGAGAUGGAAAAAGCCUCACCUUCAAACUGCAGCGAGAAGCAAAAAGCGCUGCACAUGGAAGAGAUUGUUAAACACAUGAAGCAUUUACCGAGCUAUCUUGAGAGGGGAAAACCUAUCCAAGAUCAAGCUUUGAGUUUUGGAGUUAUGGAUUGGGGGCGGUUAGAAAAAUGGCAAAAUCUGCAUCAUAAACAGGGGAUUGUUAGAAGUAACAAAUGUUCACCAUCUAGCAGCAAUUCUUCUUCGUUGUUUUCAACUGAUGGAUCAUCUCCUCUAUCCGGAAGAGGUCAAAGUUGCUCUCCCGUUCGUCAGAGAGUUCAUCGGGUAACUCUACAAUCUCAUUUUAAAGCAUCUCCAAAAGAAGAUUUCACUCCAAAAGUCAAAUUGUCUUCAGGAAAUUUCGACAAAUUUCAAGAUUUUAAAAAUUCAAGAAGCCAAUGUAAGCUAUUGCUUGAUGUGGGAAGUUGUCACACACCACCACCAUCAUCAGCCUCAAAGGGGAAGCUGAAGAUCCGAGAUGAGUCUGUAAAUGAAUUACGAAAUGGUCAAGAUCCAUCUUGCAGAACCUGCAAUGAUGAUCACCCGGAAAAGCAUGAAAAUGUGCUCUUUUUAGCUAGAAAUGUUCCUGGAAGCAAUCAAACAAAUGGUAACACAUUUCAGAGUGAAUUUAUCCACAGUAAAAACUCACAAAUGGAACUCGAUUCAGUCAGAAACCACAGCAGUCCCUCUAGAAAAAAGACCCCAGAAAGGAAAAGAUCAACUGGUUCUUCCAAGAGUUCAGAUCUUAAAACAAGCAAUACUGCAGUUAGUAAACCGAGAAGUACAUCCCCACUUCGUCGUUUUAGCUUUAGCCUUAGCACGAGCUCAAAGUCUGCAGCUCCUAAAUCUGCUACAGAAAGAGUGGGGUCUCCAGUUUCUCAACAUUCAACCAAGGAUAGCAAUAGGGGUCAUUCUAGUCCUUUAAGGAGGUUAUUGGAUCCAAUCUUCCCACCAAAGGCACGCCAAUUUGCUGAGACGUGCGAUGAAGAUUCAAGAACAAAAGCAAAAAAGAAACUGGAUUUCAGAAACUCCAAGGAAAUUAGGGCCGAUGAUUUAUCAUCAUCAAAAAAGCAAGCUCUUUUUCAGACAGCUUUUAAGAAUGGCCGCCUUUUGUUUACGUUUGCAGUUGAAAACAACAAGGAUGUACUUGCAGCCACGAUGACAAGUUUAAGUUCUUCAGGGAAAGAUGAUAACAAGAGCUGGCUCUAUACGUUCUUCACUGUCAACGAGGUGAAGAAAAAGAACGUCAAUUGGUUAUCUCAGGGCAGCAAAAGCAAAGAUCAUGGUUAUGUUUCUAACGUGACUGCUCAAAUGAAGGUUUCAAAUCCAUUUAGUUCUCACUGUGACAUGCGGGAGUUUGUUUUAUUCUCUGUGAAUCCAAAUGUCCAGCCACAAGAAGAACUGGAAGCCAUUGUUGUCAAGUUUCCAAGAAAGGUGAACAGGGAAGAUAAUCAAGAAAGCUUUAGCACAACGGUUAUUCUACCUGGUGGCAAUCAUGGCGUACCAAGUAAAGGAGAACCUUCACCGCUGAUUGAUCGAUGGCGAUCUGGAGGUGCAUGCGACUGUGGGGGUUGGGAUAUGGGCUGCAGAUUAAACACUCUCAGUAAUCAGGUUCAGUCUAGUGGAUCAAGAUCAAACAAAGUUCACACGACUGCCGGUCAGUUUGAGCUUUUCUUUCAGGGAGAAGUUGGGAACAAGAGAUCAAUCUUCAGCCUCUCUCCAUUGAAGGAAGGUAUAUUUUCAGUCGAGUAUAAUUCAUCAUUGUCACCUCUACAGGCAUUCUCAAUAUGUAUAUCAGUUGCGGAAUGCCGAAAAACAUCUCAGCAUACGGAACUCAGAACACAUGUUCGCGAGGAGGUUCCUGUACCAUAUACCCCAACUCCAUGCAAGUGGUAAGGUCCCUUGUUAGUAAUAUGAAGGUGAAGGGUUUGAUUCAUGGGUUUAAACAGUCUCCACAAAAUACAAUAUUGCCAAGGUGCCUUUGUGCAUCUUCAUUCUGCAUUUAUGUAAUUAUUAUGUAUGAAAUUUAGUGAAGCUUUGCUUGGC